UUUCUCCCGAUCACGAUCGCGAGUUUACCCAGCAUGCCUCAGCUGACAGCGCCUCCGACACCCACUCUGCCCAGCUCGGCUUUCAGGUUAUCAAAAGAGCAUUUGAUGGUAGCGUUGCCAGUCGCAGUGGUUGCGGCUGUUGGGGGAUUCCUACUCAGCCAUUACCUGUCCGGGCGGCGCUGUAAAAAGGGGCAAGUGAACACGACCAUCAGCAAAGACUGUCCCAAAGUGGUCCACAGCUUUGACAUGGAGGACAUCGGCACCAAGGCUGUGUACUGCCGCUGCUGGAAGUCAAAGAAGUUCCCUUACUGUGACGGAGCACACGCCAAACACAACGACGAGACUGGGGACAACGUCGGGCCCCUCGUCAUCAAGAGGAAGAAUAAUUAA